GGUUCCGAUGUCGAAAUACAGUGAAAGUCAUUACUAGAAAAAUAACAAAUAAUCCUAUCAAAAUGAAUAAAUUAAAAUCGUCACAGAGAGACAAAGUGAAGAAAUUCGUCGCUUUCACGCAGACCAGUGAGAGUACAGCCAUAUACUGUUUGUCACAAAACGAUUGGAAACUAGACCUCGCAAGUGAUAAUUAUUUUCAAAAUCCUGAUGCUUACUAUAAGGACACUAUAAAGGCAUCAGUGGAUAGAAAGAAGUUAGAACAGUUGUUCAGCAAGUACAGAGAUCAGCAGGAAAACGACAAAAUAACAGUGGACGGUGUUAUGAAGUUCCUCGAAGAUUUAAAUUUAAGCCCAGAAUCUAUUUUAGUUCUAAUAAUCGCGUGGAAGUGUAAGGCAGCAGUACAAUGUGAGUUUUCUAAAGACGAGUUCAUGACUGGGAUGAUUGAACUAGGAGCAGAUAGUAUAGACAAAUUAAAGGCGAAACUGCCCACUUUGGAAAUGGAAAUCAAAGACACUAACAAGUUUAAGGAUUUUUAUCAUUUCACGUUUAAUUAUGCAAAAAAUCCUGGCCAGAAAGGCUUGGAAUUGGAUAUGGCGAUAGCUUAUUGGAAUAUUGUACUACGUGGGAGGUUUAAGUUUUUGGAUGCAUGGUGCAAAUUUCUUACGGAGCAUCAUAAAAGAUCUAUACCCAAAGACACAUGGAACCUGCUUCUUGACUUCGCGACGCAAAUCGACGACGGCAUGAGCAAUUACGACGCCGAGGGCGCUUGGCCAGUGCUAAUAGAUGACUUCGUCGAGUGGUGCCAGAAGCAAGGCCUUACAGCAGAUGGGGUAACAGUCGAGCCUGUAUCUGGCUAGCUGACCGACAUGCCGCGUGAAGCGAGCACCUACAGACCAGUAAAAACACAACCUCCACAAGGCUUCUUCACUGGCCUGCGAGCUUACAUGCUCCUGCUGCUGUCUCGCUUGCUCUUCUUUGGUCUGGAGUUGUGUACAGUCGAGUGGCUCGCUAUCGUCGUUGUAUUUGAGUUGUGCAGCUGACCAAAUCGUGAAGUGACAUUCUAACAAAGUCAUAAUGUUAGUUACUAGAGCACCAGGGUACUUCAAAGUGAACUUGUUCAGUGUGUGUUGUGUUCAGUUGCCGCACUCAACUGUAUGAAGCUCUUGAAACUUGUUGUCCAUUAGGUAAAUUCUUUUGUGUAGAUUCUUGUUGAUCCUGAUUCCUACUUUAUAGUGUAAUUAUGCUUGAAGAAGUGUGUUUUACCAACUACCUUCAUAUUUUAAUGUUUCAAAAUUUUCUAAACAACAUAGUUCUCUUGCGUUAUAGCAUAGUAUGCCCUGAAAGUUUUAAAUUAAGAUGUAAAUAUGUAUAUACACUUAAUGAUAUUACAUUUUUAUUUUUUAAUGCUUAGAGUUUUGUCCUGUUUUACUUUUCAAGGGAAGCUUUCAAUUGGACUCAGCAAUAUUUUGUACAAUUUGAAUAACUACAAACUACGGUUAAUGGUAGAAUAGCGAGCAACAAGCUUUUUCAGAAUAAAUAAAACAAUUUUGCUCAUUUAUUAAUUGUUCGAAUUAGCACAAGUGUUUUUAUAUAUUUUUUUCGUGGGAGAUUGAAUCAGUUUAAGUUUAUCAUCUUUUAGGGAAAAAGUGCAAUUUUAACAACGAUAAAUGUGCAAUGUUUACUUGUAAAGUCUGAAGUACUAACUAAAUUAUUGCUGUUCUAUUCGAAAUGACGGAUUGUUAUUUCUUUAGCUGUUAGUGGUUAAUUUGAUAUUGUUCAACUCUAAGAAAACUUUUGUAACUUUUACUUUUUUUUUUAAUAAUGACAUGAGAAAUAAUGGAUAAUUUAUCUAGUGAAAGUGUUCAUUAUGUCAACUUAGAGUUGUGGAAUACGCAAUAAUCCGAAUCAGUUUUAACAUACCUUUUUACGUGUGCCCUUUUUUAUAAGCGUGAUCUGUGAUUAUUCAUUUUAAUAGUCUUUUUUGCUUUCACUUUUAUAAUUUAUGAUGCCUUGACAACUGUAACAGAAAGCUACAAGUUUCUGCAUGCUUUUGUCUGAACAACAUAGGAAUACUAUUUAUAGUUUAAGCUAAGUCUAUUCCAGCAGACUAGAUAGUUAAUGUUACCGUACUGUGUAUUUACACUGUUCCAUUCAUUCCUUCAUUCACUCAUUCCAGGAAAGUGACAACAAAAAUACUGACUAAAUUAAUGUCCUAUUUUUCAUUCAAGUAGCUUCUCCUACCAUCAAUUUUAUUACUGGAUUGACUAUCUGGAAUAAUGUAUACCAUUGCAAUGACCUACACUGGAUAGACUUGAUUGUUACUCUUGAGUAAUGCAAACGCAAAAUGAGUGAUGAUGAGAGGCAACUGCUGGAGUGGAAGCCAGAACACUAUCAGGGUCGGUAUCAUAUAGACUACAUCUUCAAAAUGACCU